GAGGAUGAGGUGGGCGAGGAGGAGGGCGAGGAGGACGCGCCAGGUGGGCCGGGCCCCGAAGACCUGGCAGCAGCUGACCCACCCAGUGGCGAGCCGGCCCCUUCUGGCGCUGCACUGGCGGCGGUGGCGCUCGAGCAGGCUGAUUUCCCUCGGUACCCUUGGCAGCACCAGGCCAGGGCCACACGCCAGCUCAUCCUGGGGCCCCCUGUGACCCUCCACAGUGGGAAUUGGAUGAUGGGGAGCCACGACAGAUACCACGCCAUGCGCUGGUACCUGGGCCAGCUCCGGUUCGACGCUGCCGCCUCCGAGGUUGGCACCACAUGGGCCGAGCUGGCCGUGGACUUCGAGCUCAGCACUGGCGUGGAGCUAGCUCCGCCUGGCAGCGCCAUGGCCGCGCGGGCCCAGAAGUUUGCAGAUGUGGCCUCUCGUGCCUGGCAGCUGUCCACGCCCAGGCAGCAGCGCCAACGCGGGGGCAACAGGCAACGGGCGCUCGGGGACCUCACAGUGGUCUCUCGGGUCACCGCCCUCGUGGCGCUCGGCUUCAAGCAGGGCCCGGGGGUGACCUCGCGUGCCAUCUUUGUGCAGCCCUUCACGUAUGAGGUGCUGCUGCGCGCGGCGCAGCGUGGACAGGCAGAGAGGCGCCAUGCUCACCUCCAAUGGCGGCCAGACUACGCAGGCGGCCCCGCACCGACCAUGCCGGCAGCUGUCCGGCACGGACCGCCGGCGCCACCUGUGGCCGCUGCCAAGAGGGUGACGGCUGAGAGGAUGGCUGCUGGGCACAACGCCGUCGCCGAGCGGAAGCGGCAGGAGCACAAUGCCGUCGCGGACUCCCAGGGCCUCCACGUGCUUGGGCCCAUUCCCCCGGGAGCUGACAACUCCCAGCCGGUCGUCUGUGAGCGGUGCGGGCGGCAAACGCAGAAGAUGCGCCUGGCCAAGUUCAAGCGGGAAGCUUGCGCCGCAGCCUCGGGAGGCCGAGGGGGAGGAGGCGGGGCCGCGCCUGCGGCCCGGCGAGGAGGAGGCCGAGGAGGAGGAGGAGGCUGAGGAGGGGGCGGAGGAGGAGGGAGCCACGCAGAUUCCCCACAACCCCAAGAUGCAGCCAGCCG